GAAGUCUCAUAUCAUCCCUCCCCAACGGGAUACGCGUCGCUACAGAAAAUACACCAGGUCACUUUUCGGCAGUAGGUGUAUAUGUGGACGCAGGUUCAAGAUAUGAAACUCCACAGACAACUGGAGUAAGCCACAUUUUAGAUCGAAUGGCGUUUAAGGGUACAAAAACUCGUACAAGUGAACAAACACAAGCUAUUUUAGAAUCGUUAGGUGGUAAUAUUAUGUGUGCUAGCAGUCGUGAAGCUAUUAUGUACCAAUCAGCCAUAUUUAGUCAGGAUUUGCCAAAGAUUAUAGAGCUUUUUUCUGACGUGAUUCGCAACCCGCUUAUUGACCCAGAAGAAGUUGCAGAACAGCGACGGACAGCACUUUAUGAAAUUCAGGAAAUUUGGCAAAAACCUGAAAUGAUCAUGCCAGAAUUGCUUCAUACGGUUGCUUAUAAGAACAAUACUCUGGGAAAUCCAAUGCUAUGUCCAGAAGAAAGAUUAAACACAAUUACUCCGGAGCUUAUAAGAGAUUAUAUGUUAACAUGGUAUCGUCCUGAGCGAAUAGUCGUGGCAGCCGUUGGAGCAAAGCAUGAAGAUGUUGUGGAAUUACCAGCAACUUCCACCAUUGCGACACAAAAAGCACAUUAUACAGGUGGUACACUUUUACUCGACAAAUCACAACCUCACACCCAUCUUUAUAUAUCAUUUGAAGGACUUUCGAUCCAUGAUCCUGAUAUAUAUGCACUUGCUAUACUCCAAAUGUUACUUGGUGGAGGUGGAUCGUUUUCAGCCGGUGGACCAGGAAAAGGGAUGUAUACACGCUUGUUCACUAACGUUCUCAAUCAAUAUUCAUGGGUAGAAUCUUGUAUGUGUUUCAAUCAUUGUUAUACCGAUUCGGGACUGUUUGGAAUUAUGGCAUCAUGUCGUCCUGAAUACAAUCGCGCAUUAGUGGAUGUAAUUGCCAAGCAAUUCGAAUCCGUGACAAGUUAUGGACGUGGAGGGAUAACUCAAUUGGAGCUUGCGCGAGCAAAGAAUCAACUAAAAAGUAGUUUACUAAUGAAUUUAGAAUCCAGGAUGGUUCAGCUAGAGGAUCUAGGCAGACAGGUUCAAGUUCAUGGUUUUAAAAUCCCAGUGGAAGUGAUGUGUAAAAAAAUUGAUGAUGUUACAUUAGAAGAUCUUGUGAGAGUUGCAAGGAAAAUUAUUAGAGGGGAUGUAGUCAACGAAGGGAAGGGUACUGGGCAAGUGACGGUAGUUGCUCAAGGAAAUUUGAGUGGAUUACCAGAUGUAGUUAAAAUUUGUGAACGAUAUGGUCUAGGUAAACAUAGUGGUUCGAAAUGGUUGCGAUAG